UGUAAGGAAAUCUUAGUGAAUAUUUCACAGGUCAAAACUUGACCUAUAUGUGCUUACAAAGCAAAACACCCUACAACGGUUUCUGUGUUUAGAUAAUUCAUCCGAAGAGUGUAUUCCAACUGAGGGGACUUGAGGUGGACUAACAUGAUUGUAUAGGUCUGCUCUGAUCUCAAUAUACUGCUCUGAAGUUCUAGUCUGAGGGAACCGAUGUGAAGAGAUGCAGUUUACAUUCACGUUCAUCUCGCUGACCAUUGUGCAACUGGUCAACGUAGCGGCAGGGAACGAGAGCUGCUCUAGACACACUUGUCACCCGCCCCACUGUCGGUGUCCGGCACACAGUAUUCCUGGCAAUCUUCGACCUGAAAAUAUUCCACAGAUGAUUCUCUUGGCUUAUGAUGAUGCGGUGAACUGGGAUAAUUGGCACUACUAUCUCAGAUUAUUUCCUCCUGAUGGACAUCGUAAGAAUCCCAAUGGGUGCCCCAUCACAGCAUCCUUCUUUGUGUCGCACAACUUUACAGACUACUGCAUGGUGAAGAAACUUCACGCUCGAGGGAUGGAGAUCGGUGACCACAGUGUCAGCCACCAGUUGCCAAGAAUGUGGUGGACAGACGCCAGUAAAUCCGAUAUGGAGCAGGAGGUACUUGUCCAAAGAAAACACUUAGCAGAGAAAGCCAAUAUUCCAAUAGAAGAAAUUCGAGGAUGGAGAAGUCCGUUCCUACAACCUGCUGGCGAUGAUCUGUUUUCUGUUUUGUACGAAAAUAAUUUUACAUAUGAUGCUACAAUGACGUAUUCCUUUCCCAAAAAUCUGUAUUCUCCAGUCUUAUGGCCGUUUACUUUAGAUUUUGGUUACACAUUGGUGUGCAAUAUUGCAAGGUGUCCACAGAAGAAAUACCCUGGAUUGUGGAUUCUACCAGUAGUUGUUCUGAUGGAUUACAGGGAACAGAAGCCGUGUGCCUAUGUGGAUGACUGUGCCAACAUGCCUAGAGAUAAAUACGAAGCGUACCAGAUGUUGUGGAAAAACUUCCUACGAAAUUAUCGAAGUAACCGGGCGCCAUUGUAUUUAAAUCUGCAUUCCCCUUGGCUCAACACUGACUAUCAAUUGGAUGCAAUGGAUGAAUUCAUUGAGAAACUGACAUCAUUAGAAGAUGUUUAUUUCGUCACCAUCACACAAGCCCUUCAAUGGCAAAUGAACCCAACCCCAUUAAAUGAAUUGAAAGAUUUCGAACCUUUUCAAUGCCCCAAAUUUGAGCCCAACGUUGAGGACCGUAAAGUCUGCCAGUUCACAUAUCAACCCAAAACAACCAGAGACCCAAACACUCUUAGUCGUGAAAAGUCAUCCGCGGACAAUACAAAACUUUCUGAUAAUGCAAAGAAAAAUAACACGACCAAUAACAAAUUCCAAUCCAAGAUAACUAAAAAUGGUGAUGGGGAUUCCAAAACGAUCCAUCAUUUUGGCAGCAUUCAAUCUGAGCACGAGUCUGAGGCGACAUCGAAAGGAAAUGAUGUCGACGACGACUCUAUAACAGUUCACCAUCAUCACAAUCACAAGACCCACAAGCCUUGGUUUCUGAAAAGUUCCACCGGAUCGUUGUCGUCACUUGAACAACAUUACCUUCAGCUCUUCUUGAUUUUAUGUUUUCUGCUGACCACCUAAUCUCAUUGGACUAAAAUACUAUUGUUAGUUAAACAUCAUGAGCCAUUGACCGAAACAGCGGCCACUUUUUAAACUUUGUCCCCAUCACUAGCUUGUGAAAGUGGACUAAGAUUUUCUAGUACAAAUAAAUGAGAUUGAUGAACAUUGUUAUUGGCAGUGCUGGCUUUGUACAAGAAAUGUCCUUGUUGGAAGAAAUGUCCAAAUUGUCCAAUACAUUUAUAGUUUUAUACCAUACUUAGAAUUUAGACGAUAUAGUUUCAGUAGUUAUAUUUCUAUAGUUCUAUAAUUAUUUAAAGAGCGUCGUGAUUUCAUUGAACAAAAACAAUGAAAACUAGCAACGAAAUAAUCUUUUGAAUUGAAUGAACUCAGUGGUACCAAAGAAACAAAACUUAAACUAUUUAAAUUCGUUUUAGUUUUGCCUAAAAAUAAACUAAACAACUAUUUUUAAAAUAACAAACACAAAAGCUUUUGCUUGUAUGCUUUAUUAUUAGUAGUUCACAUUUUAUUUUGUAAAAAGCUUCUAUCAACUCACCCUGACUAUCUGGCACAAAUUUUGUACACGUUAGUUCCCCCACGUUUCACUUUCAGGGGAAAUUACAACUCUGUUACACUUUACCGCUGCAAAGUAUAAAACAGUGAUCAAAAAUAGUGAUCAAAUGAAGAAAAACAAUUAGUAAAUUAAAUAGUAAUAAUUAAUUAAUUUUGUUUGAUAUCGGAAAAGGGAAGUAAAUCUUACAAUAGUGAGAUAUAUGCAUGUAAUGUGGAGCUGUACACGUUAAAUUUUUUUUUUUUUUUUUUUUUUCACGUAUUUUUAGAUUUUGCUUAGUAUGGUUCCAUGGCUGAACUAAUGUAGUCUGUAUUGUUUCUUAUGGAUUGAAAGAGAAGUAGUCUCCCCUAAAUUGGCCUACACGUCAACUUUACUGCUAAAUGUUGACUCCGAUGUAGAAUUGCUGACCGAGAAAUUUGUUCGCUCGAUCAGAAACUGGGACGACACUUUAGAUGUUAUCAUUUAUAUACAAUGACUACUCUAUAGGAUAAACCCGGGGUGGUAUUAUGUUCAUUACCUUUCACAAGGCAACCUAGUUCAUGUGUAGGCUCCAUGUGUUGUAUGAAGUUAACACAUCGAUGUGAAUAAUAAAAUACAUUACGUAAACAGCACAAAUAGAAUCCGUUACAGUAAGUUAUCACUAAGGAGUAGAGCAAAGCCAAUGACGCUGAAGUUUGGUAUUUCUAACUAGAUAUUGGUAUAUUAUUUGCUGGUUUGUAAAAUUAGCUAUAAAUUGAUCUGUGCAGACUUGUUAAUUAUGAUCAACAUUUGGGUUACAUUUAUUUGUUUGAAAGUAGUUUGUGGUUUUUUAGAUUGAGUGUUUUUAUCAAUGACUUGGUUUAGGUUUGCAUUCUUCCCUACGAUUACUUGGCAAAAAGAGAAAUGACUUCUGUGUAGUAAUGAAUCAAUUCAUUAAAUUUAGUUUAACAUUUAGCAUUCAAGACAAAAUGCUUAUCAAUUUCCUAUUUGUGACUGUUUUUGUUUUGAUUUACAUGUAGCGGAUGUUCCUUCGGAAUGGAAGAUUAUUAAAUUGUAUUAUUCUUGUGGCGGGCAGAGUUCGAGCGCUGGACCAUUGAGAGACAGUCCAGAGCGCAUACCACACGACCAGACUCAAGGGAUAAAAGAAAUCGAAAUAAAAGUUCCAUAAUGUAAUCUUUAUUUUGACUAGAAUCUUUCUGUAACAUCGCACUUCUAUGUUUGUAAUGUGGUCUUUGUUUUGCCUAGAAUCUUUCUGUAACAUCGCACUUCUAUGUCUGUAAUGUGGUCUUUGUUUUGACUAGAAUCUUUCUGUAACAUCGCACUUCUAUGUUUGUAAUGUGGUCUUUGUUUUGACUAGAAUCUUUCUGUAACAUCGCACUUCUAUGUUUGUAAUGUGGUCUUUGUUUUGACUAGAAUCUUUCUGUAACAUCACACUUCCAUUUUUGUAAUGUGGUCAUUGUUUUGCCCAGAAUCUUUCUGUAACAUCACACUUCUAUGUUUGUAAUGUGGUCUUUGCUUUGCCUAGAAUCGUUCUGUAACAUCAUACUUCCAUGUUUGUUAUGUGGUCUUUGCUUUGCCCAGAAUCUUUCUGUAACAUCACACUUCCAUGGCAAUGAUCUUUCUAGUUCUGCGACUAUAAUUCAGGAUUCGCACACAAGAAUGUCAUCGUGAACAAGUAGAACAUCAGUGUACUUUGAAUGGAGAGACAUGCCCAGGUCUUUCCAACAUGGCUUAAACUUUGCAAGUGAUGCUGUAGACUAUGCGAGUCUGUAUUUCUGGUCUGGUUUCUUUAUCUGAGAUGAUAGUUCCGAGAUAUUUGUUAGUUUUUCACCUCAUAUCCUGAUGUCCAUGGUAAAACCCUGCUUGCUGUUGGUCAUUAGUAGUGUUUUUUUUUCCGGCAUUUAUUUGCAUGCUAUAUUCUGUAGAAUCGUGUCUACAGGUAUCACCAAGUCAAUAUGACAAGAAAUGAGUGGGUCCAGAGUGACCGGAUAAACAUUUAGAUAUGUAUACCACACAAAGAUGAAGGUAAGAAUCAAAACAACAGCUAUGCUCUACUGGUUAGAAAUCAAUUACAAGUUACAUUUUGUUUCUGUUUUUCUUUUUCUGAGGUCUACAUCAAUAGAGCCCAAACCUUUUUCAAAUCUGAGGUCUACAUCAGUGGUGCCCAAAUCUUUUUAAGUCCUGAGGUCUAAAUCCCUCAGUGGUGCCCAUGCUUUUUCAACAUCAAUGGUGCCUAAUCUUUUUAAAACCUGAUGUCUAUAUCCCCAGGUGGUGAUGAAACUUUUUCAAAACCUAAUGUCUAUAUCCCCAAGUGGUGAUCAAACUUUUUAAAAACCUGAUGUCUAUAUCCCCAAGUGGUGAUCAAACUUUUUCAAAACCUGAUGUCUAUAUCCCCAAGUGGUGAUCAAACUUUUUCAAAACCUAAUGUCUAUAUCCCCAAGUGGAGAUCAAACUUUUUCAAAACCUAAUGUCUAUAUCCCCAAGUGGUGAUCAAACUUUUUCAAAACCUGAUGUCUAUAUCCCCAAGUGGUGAUCAAACUUUUUCAAAACCUAAUGUCUAUAUCCCCUAGUGGUGCCCAAACUUUUUCAAAACCUAAUGUCUAUAUCCCCAAGUGGUGAUCAAACUUUUUCAAACCUGAUGUCUAUAUCCCCAAGUGGUAAUCAAACUUUUUCAAACCUGAUGUCUAUAUCCCCAAGUGGUGCUCAAUGUGGACAUUUCAACCCUCACACACAUACACACACUAAGUACGGGCCGCAUUACCGCCCAAUCUGGUCGAGUCACGUGAUUCAAUUAUCUGUGGCUUCAUUAAACACUGUGAGGAGAAGGGGCAGAAUACCACCGCUUCACGUGUCAUAUAUGGCCCGCUGGUUGUAGUUUAUGCAUCACUAGUCAAUAGUAUCUAGAUACACUUGUUAAUUACUUUAGACCUUAGUGCUAAAAUCCCUAUAAAAACUCAGCUUUAACUCAAGACAACUUUUGUCAAAAGUUUUACUGCUGUCAGCCACCGCGUAUUUUCAAUUUAUUUUUACUUAGACCUGUGAAAUUUCUGUUAAUAUCCUAUAGGUAAUUAGGGCAUAACCUUUUUUUUAGCGGCCGCGUAAGGGGAAAAAAGCCGGUAUUAGGUUUGUGCAAAAUGUCCGUCUGUCCGUAUGUCACACUCAGAUCUCGAAAACUAGAAGAGAUAUGAAAAAAAAUAUUUCAUCAUUAAAUGCGGCUUGAAAAGUUUAGGUGCAACGGCUACUUUUGGCUUUCUUAAAGCAAACCGUUUAAUUUAUAAAAUUAAUUAUGCAAGCGAUUUUUUUCAUAAAAAUACACCAAUUCUAAAAACAAUUACGUGAAUGUAAGGGAGGCAAUGUUGCAAUAUGCUAACAAAGAUGGACAAUUUUUGUGUAUUUUCAGUAUCACUAAGCCAAAUAUAUUUAUAAAAUGUACAAGAAAUGUUUACAACAAAUAUAAAUAAUAGUUAACGGUGGUUUUUCUGGUCAACUAGCUGCUAAAAUUAAAAGAAAACAUUUCUGUUUGUUUAUAAAGGCUAAUAAUGCACUUUGUAUGUAAAUAUCACGCACAUUUUUUAAAAUGGACUUUUUAUGCAGCUACUUUCGUGCAGUAGCGUAACGCCGUGGCAUAGUGUGGUGACAAACCAAUUCCUUAAACUUUUUUUAAAAAAAUCAGAUUUUAUUUAUUUUUUGUUUAGUGCCCCCAUCCAAAUAAAAGAAGAUUAUUUUUG